AUGGCCAAGGGCAACAAGUCAAAGCGACCUCGCCCCGAUGCCAAGCCAGCGUCCAGCGGCAGUCUCGUAGUGGUGAAUCCGGCACUUCUUCGCUCAAUGAACAAACCUAGUGCGCCACUGGCAAAGAAACAGAGGGCGUCCAACGACGAUGGAAAGGUGAAACCUGGAGCGAAGCUGCCGACGAGUCAACCGUCGAAGAAGAGCGAAGUUAGCAGCAAAAAUACUGACAAGCCGAGCGGGAUGUAUGUGUGUACUGUGUGCCGCAUUCCCGUAACGACAGGAGCGAAAGCAAUGCAUGAACAAGGGAAGAAACACAAACGAGCGGUGCUUGAAGCCGGCGGAGCUUCAAUGACUAACACCUCGUUGGUGGAUGCCACAGCCCGGUCAACCGCACCUCAAUCAGCAGCUUCUCCAUCAAUUGAACCGAAUACACCACCGCUUCAGCACGUCCUCGUUCGAGACGAAGAUGUAUUAGGGGUGGUGUACUACCUCCUCGAAACAAAAAAAAUCCGCCGGGCUAUUGUUGCCCUGCCCACGAAGCCGUCAGGUCAACUCACUCCACAAAUCGUUGGUGGGGCGUUGAAGCAGCUGGGGUUCUCCGUCUCGACAAUUCACUCCAAGACGUCGUCCUCGAUGCGCAAGCUCCUUCUGGAGAAAUUUCAGUCGACUGACGAAGGGAUUGUUGUCACGACGGAGCACUUUGCACCGAUGGUGUCCUCUAAUUCACACUCCAGUGUAGUCGUUGCCAUUCACGUCCACGGGACCCCACCGCCGUGGGGAUAUGCCAUUCUGGCUCCCGGUGCGGUGCCGCCUUCCUCCGUCCCAUUAGACGUCGCCAAGCCCUUGCUCCAGAAAGCCACGUCGCGGGCCAACUUGGCCACGGUCAUCUUUGAGUUGCAACAAGAAACCCAGCCCACCGACCACGAUGCGCAAUGGGUCCAGAAACUCGCCAACGCGUCUGGGCUAGACGUCCCCGACGCUGCGUCCAAGUCCUCCAAAUGUGUUAAACUGACUCCUACGCAGCAAAAGCUGCAAGCAUUGUCUGAGAAACUGUAUAUCCAUCUCGCGACCCCCCUGGACGCCGUCGGAGCUGUCAACCUCGCCAAAAUGAAAGAAAAGCUGCUCGCAGUUGGCCUCGUGGCCCAAAAUGCCGCGACAGGCAUGUCCAUCCAUAACACCAGGUUGUCGGCGCAAACUCAAUGGCUGGAUACCGCGGACGGCCGGGAAUUCGGUGGGUCGUGGGAUGGGCAUGUGCGGCAUGGGGCGACGAAAGAUGCGACAUCGUUGGUCGUUCGGGCCAACUUAAGUACCACCGACCCGUGGGCUCCAAACCCUGAGCCCUCCGACAAGCAGCAAUGGGGAGGACUGUAUGGAAAGCCCUGUGGCCACAACGAAGUGGUCAUGCAUACUCUGCGUCCAUUUUUUCCGCAAGAAGUCCUGAAUGCAAGGGUGUGCAGUCGAGCGAGGCCAGCACCAGGGAAUGACGGGUACGACGGGUGUCUCGAGUACAUUCAGUGGCAGUGUCGCACCCACGAUCGUGCCAUGACAUUGUGGGAUGCCGAGCACUGGUGGUACGUGGCUCGCGAUGGACGCACGUCCCGCGUGUCCAAGAAGGUUUUAGUCACCAAGCCGUUGUCGUUGAUUCGAUGGCUCGUGUCGAAUCUGCGACUCCAAACGAUUCGAUGGCAUGGCAGCAUCGCGCCAGCGUCGCUCCUCGAAAGUUUGUGCCUCGCGCUCGUGUGUGGAACGACGCAAACGGCUCAAAGACUCCCCCUGCACGUCCGGCAAUGUAUUUUGCAGUACGCCACGACUGGAAGUCGGGAAGCAUGGCAGCGAAUCGACCUGUUCGAGAAGAAUCGCCAUUGAUCAUGAAAUAUCCAUCCUGUAGACAACGGAGAGGUUCUACUCCAGUAACUACAUAUGAUGCUGUCCGCGUUGGUUGGUACUCUAGCACUUGGCAUUGUUCCUGGCAGGAUUCAAUGCUUUCUUGCCCCCAAUGAAGUGCGCUGUUGUCGUCGAAAUCCACAAACUUCUUGUCUUUGUUGUCCAA